UUGCGUUCUGUCCCACUCCGCACCUAGCAACUCCUCUACCAGCUUCCACGCAACAGUUGCCCACCAACAUGCAGAUCUUUGUCAAGACCCUCACCGGCAAGACCAUCACCCUUGAGGUCGAGUCCUCGGACACUAUCGACAACGUCAAGUCCAAGAUUCAGGACAAGGAGGGCAUCCCUCCCGACCAGCAGCGUCUUAUCUUCGCCGGCAAGCAGCUCGAGGACGGGCGCACUCUCUCCGACUACAACAUUCAGAAGGAGUCCACUCUCCACCUUGUCCUUCGUCUUCGUGGCGGCAUGCAGAUCUUCGUCAAGACUCUGACCGGCAAGACGAUCACCCUUGAGGUCGAGUCGUCAGACACGAUCGACAACGUCAAGAGCAAGAUCCAGGACAAGGAGGGCAUUCCACCUGACCAGCAGCGUCUCAUCUUUGCUGGCAAGCAGCUUGAGGACGGGCGCACUCUCUCCGACUACAACAUUCAGAAGGAGUCUACCCUCCACCUCGUUCUGCGUCUCCGCGGCGGCAUGCAGAUCUUUGUGAAGACUCUGACUGGCAAGACCAUUACGCUCGAGGUCGAGUCCUCUGACACGAUUGACAACGUCAAGAGCAAGAUCCAGGACAAGGAGGGCAUCCCUCCCGACCAGCAGCGCCUUAUUUUCGCCGGCAAGCAGCUGGAGGACGGGCGUACGCUGUCGGACUACAACAUUCAGAAGGAGUCGACGUUGCACCUCGUGCUCCGUCUCCGUGGCGGGCAGUAGACGGGUCUUGUUUGAG